ACUCCUUACAGGCUGACCUGCUUGCAGAUGGAUGUAGCCGCAGCUCGAGAAUGCAUCAGGCAGGGUGCAGAUGUGAACGUGCAGGGCGAGUAUGCGCUGACGGCUCUGCACGUGCUGAGCGCGGUGGACGGGUACGAGGAGCUGAUCGAAGAGCUGAUCAAGGCUGGAGGCGACGUGAACGCGAGGGACUCCGUGGGACAGACGCCACUGCAUGACGCGGUCAGAUUCCGGUCGGCCAACGACACGCGAUCGGUGAAGACUGUGAAGCUGCUGUUGAAGGCGGGGGCAGAUGUUAACGCCACGUCCUCCUUCAAUGAUUCGGUCGUCGACUACGCCGAG